AUCUUACGACAAUGGAGGAGUUUUGCAUUCCACCUUACAACUGUGGGUAUCCUGGCUAUUUUCCCUUCUACCCCGGCAAUCCAAAAUUUAAGCACCAAAACUGGAACAGAAAGGGGAACAAUGUUUACGUGGCGCCAGAUGCCCCGGAUUAUUUCGACGUAUAUAAGCGUGCGCAGUUAAAAGCGAUAUUAUCUCAGGUGAACCCUAACCUGACCCCGCGGCUCCGCAAGGCCAACACCAGAGAGUUUGGUGUCCAGGUAAACCCCAAGGUAGAUGUCACCGUGCAGUGCUCUCUCGGACCCAAAACUCUGUUUUAUUGCGGGGAUAAAUGGGGGUCUCCGCGGAAGCCGUCUGCCAGCCCUAUCAAAGACACGCUGCCCAGCACUCCCGUCAACUCCGUGCGCUUUUCACGACCCGUCGCCAUCUACUCUCCCGUCUUCGACCGGAGGAUCUUCUCCUUAUCCACGACUACUUGUGAAGGUAAGGACGACGGUGGGGAGGAGGAAUGUGAAGAUGAGAAUAUGAGCCGAAAGGCGGAUGGCGAAACGGACGAUGAGAAGUGCAAACGAGAUGAAAUAAUUCACUAUGAAGCGCGACAGGAGAAGGCAGUGGUUCCGCGAAAUAAGCGCUCAAACUUUCAGUUUCUGGAGCAGAAAUAUGGAUUUUAUCACUGUAGUAAGUGCAAUAUUCGGUGGGAAAGUGCUUUCGUGUGGUGCAUCUCGGGAACCUCCAAGGUGUAUUUCAAGCAACACUGCAGAAAGUGCCAGGCCGGGCUGAACCCAUACAGGGUGGAAUCCAUUCAGUGCCAGGUUUGUUGCAAGACGCGCUGCAUCUGUGACAAGAAGCAGAGGCACAUUGACAUGCGUCGUCCUCACCGCCAGGAUCUGUGUGGCCGCUGUAAGGGCAAAGGCCUUUCCUGUGACACGAUCUACAGCUUCAAGUACAUAGUCUGAUUGUUCAGCACUAUCUGAUGGAUUUUAGAAUCUGUAUAUGUGGCCCAAG